AAACGCUGCUUACGAAAAAUACAUAACAUACUUCAUUCAAAUAUAUUUAUUGAAUUAAAUAAAGGCACAGCUUUUUCCCACGACUGUUGUCUAUCGUAAGAAUCGAAUAAAUGGUACCUUGUCUCGUAAGAGACGGAAAUCCAGCUGGGUGAAGAAGAAGAAAUAUAUUUAUAUAUAAAAGAUUUGUUAUGAUAGGUUAUAAAAUCAUACAUUCUUAUAUUAUAGUGGUCGUUAACGAUGACAAUUAAUAAUUCGAGCACUUAUUUAACGGCAAAUACACCAGCGCGAAGGAGAGUCCCAUUUAAUAUAGGAUCCUAGCGCGAAGGAAUUGUCAUUAAUCGGCAAUAAUUCAUCAUCGGAUUACUGUCGGACACCUGAUAGGGCGGAAUUAUACGCUCACUGUCUACACUUCGACAGUGUAAACAACGACGAUCAACCAAAGAACGUGCAAUGAUGUGCAAAGUAUUAGAAUUUAGGAAGCAGUGGUGCAGGUGCCCCUGAAUCAGAAUCGGAUCAAGAUAGUUCAGAGAAUUCUUCAGAUAAAGUGAUAAAUUUAGAAUCUAGAGAGUGGACUUAUACGAUGAGAAGGCACAUGCAGGAGAUAAUACCUGGAGUCUUUCUCGGUCCAUACAGUGCUGCCAGUCGCUCUAAAUUGCAAUCUUUGCUUGAUCAUGGAAUAACACAUAUAAUUUGUGUCAGGCAUGCUAUUGAGGCAAACCUUAUAAAGCCAAAUUUUCCUAACAUCUUCAAAUAUCUAGUCUUGGAGAUUGCUGAUACAAUGACGGAAAAUAUCAUUCAACAUUUCAAAAUGGUGAAAGUGUUCAUUGAUGAAGCUUUGAAUAUGGGUGGUCGAGUUCUGGUUCAUGGAAACGCGGGUAUUUCUAGAUCCGCCGCGUUAGUCUUGGCAUAUGUCAUGGAAACGCUCGAAAUUUCACAAACGCGUGCAUUCGCGCUGGUGCAACAAAAAAGAGGUUGUAUAAAUCCGAACUUAGGUUUUAUGACGCAGCUAAGAGAGUAUGAACCUAUCUACCAGGCGCAGAAAACCUUAAGAAAGGAUCUACCAAGUUUAGAAGUUCAACGUAAUAAAAGAACGAUUCAUCAAACUGAAAUGUACAAUCGAUCGCAAGAUAAUAUCGAGAACGCAAUGGACAGUUGAUAAUUUAUAAAAAAUUGAGAGAAAAUUAAAGUUACCGAGACUCAUAUUAGAUUAAAUAAAUGAAAAUAUUUUUCAUUUUUUAGCCAAACUCUGCAUUUUACUGUAAUUUCUUUUUAUUUUAUUUCAUAUUUCAUAUUUAACUAUUUGACUAUGCAAAAGAUACAUAGUUGGACUACAGAAACAAAAUAGCUAAAUCUGAAUACCAAUUUUACUAAUAUUUUAAUGAUCAUCAAAUUAAAAUAAAGUAAUUACAUCAAUUAUUUAUUAAUUUUAGAAAUUUUAUUUAUUUAAAAUUUAGUACAAUUUAAAGUAAUAGCUACAAAGAAAAUUAUCUAUUAAUAAUUUGAUAAAUUCUUAAUAAAAUAAGUAAAAGAUGCAUAAUAUUACACGUAAUUUUUAUUUAUAAUAAUCCAAAAAUACCUUAUUUAUAGUAAAUAUUAACCCUUAUGUGCACACCCAGCGUUUACGACGUUGUUACACACUCAGGGUACCUGGAUGCCUACCAUUAGUUUUUCUUAAUUUCUCAGUUUGUAUAUGAACGUAAUCGUUUGGAAUCAAUUUACUUUAUUAAAUAAACAUCAAUAGAAACUAUCUAAGCCAUUUCUAAGUCCCCUAGCCUGUUACAGUUUUCAUGAAAAAAAUAGAAGUAAGGUCUCCCAGCGCUGCACAAGUAGCGCGCGAUUAGUUUUGACGAAAUGGCGAUUGAUAUCAAAGAUUAUAGAGUAAUUAAUAUCUAGAGCAUGCAUACUCCAAAUAAAAUCGAUUAUUAACAUGUAGACACAGUUAAAUCGACAGAUUUUUCAGAUGCAUACUUACCCAGAUAGCCAAAUAAAGGUGUAACAGUCGCAACAGUAUGUUUUUUAUAAUGGAAAAUUAGUUCUUAUAAUUUUUAUACAUUAUGCAAAAUUAUUUCUCUAUGCAGAUAUAUCGGAAAUAAUAAAUAUAAAUUAAUUUAAAACCUGUUUAUUUUACACAACAUUAAUAUUAAUAUUAAUAGUAAAAACAGACGGUAAUAAUGCCAACACCGUUGAAAAGAUAAUGAAAAUCCAGAUGGUUAUAACCCUUACAGCAUUCAGAAACACCUUUCAGAAAGGUUUUCUGAAAGAUAUCCGACAGAAGAUAUCUUUCCGAUAUCUUUCAGAAAGCUUUUUGAAAGAUGUGUGCUGUAUGGGAAUCCACAUGUAGUAUAUGGAUUCCAAUGGAUUUUAGAUGGUUUUGUAUGGAUUCUAUAUAGAUAACAAUAUGGAAUCCACAUACAUGUGGAUAAUCAUCUGGAUUUUCAUCUCAUCUUUUCAACGGGAAAUAAAUUGGACAAAAUGUUUGCGAAUUGAUAAUUGACUCAACCUCGAGACAGUAUUGGUAGAAAAAAAAUUACAGGUUCUUGUCACGCUUACUACAAAGAAACUCAAAAGACGCAGAAAAUCGCGAAAAUGUUGUUCAUUUUGCAAAAAGCCUAUUUGCGAUGAACACUGUGUAUCGACAAUUAAAUGUAUUGAUUGCGCUAAAUAAAUGUAAGAAUAAUCUAAUUUACUUUAAAAA